AUGUCAACCAAAAACCCUAAUCCCUCUUCUACUACCUCACUGCGUGCUUCAGUUCCCUUAUCUGCAGCUAUGCCAAACCCUAGAGUCUUCUUCGACAUGACCAUCGGCGGCCAACCCGCCGGUAGGAUUGUGUUUGAGCUCUUCGCCGACACAACUCCCCGCACCGCUGAGAACUUCCGAGCCCUCUGCACCGGCGAGAAGGGAGUAGGCCGGAGCGGCAAGCCGCUUCACUACAAGGGCUCGGUCUUCCACCGUGUGAUCCCGAAUUUCAUGUGCCAGGGAGGUGACUUCACUGCCGGAAACGGCACCGGUGGUGAGUCGAUCUACGGCGCGAAGUUCGCCGACGAGAACUUUGUGAAGAAGCACACCGGCCCCGGCGUGUUGUCCAUGGCAAACGCCGGUCCUGGAACUAACGGAUCUCAGUUCUUCAUCUGCACGACGAAGACGGAUUGGCUCGACGGCAAGCACGUUGUGUUUGGACAGGUCGUUGAUGGACUGAACGUGGUGAAGGAGAUCGAGAAGGUCGGAUCCGGCUCCGGCAAGACCGCGAGGCCGGUCGCCAUCGCUGACUGCGGUCAACUGUCUUAG